AUGGGGUUUGACUUGGGAACUACGCUACAAAAGAUGAACAUCUUAUCGAACACGGACAACGCUUCAGUGGUUGCCAUUAACUUAUUUGUUGCACUCCUUUGUGCAUGUAUCAUAAUCGGUCACCUCUUGGAGGGAAAUCGCUGGAUGAAUGAAUCCAUCACGCCCCUUAUACUUGGUGUAUGCACUGGAGUAGUGAUUCUACUAAUAAGUGGAGGAAAAAAGUCGCGUCUUUUGAUCUUCAGCGAAGAUCUUUUCUUCAUUUAUCUUCUUCCACCAAUCAUUUUUAAUGCAGGGUUCCAGGUCAAAAAGAAACAAUUCUUUCGCAAUUUCUCAACUAUAAUGCUGUUUGGAGCACUUGGUACUUUGAUAUCGUUCGUUGUUAUAUCAUUGGGUGCUAUUGGACUUCUCCGGCCAAUGGAUAUUGAUCUGGAAAUUGGAGAUUAUCUUGCACUUGGAGCAAUUUUCGCUGCAACAGAUUCAGUUUGCACCUUACAGGUGCUAAAUCAGGAUGAGACACCUUUAUUGUACAGUCUAGUCUUCGGGGAAGGAGUUGUAAAUGAUGCGACAUCCGUGGUCCUCUUCAAUGCAGUACAGAACUUUGAUCUGACUCAAUUAAACACAACUGUAGCUUUGGGGCUAGUUGGAAAUUUUUUAUAUUUGUUCAUCACAAGCACCAUAUUGGGAGUUGUCGCUGGAUUGCUUAGUGCAUAUGUCAUAAAGAAGCUUUACUUUGGAAGGCAUUCCACAGAUCGUGAGGUUGCCAUUAUGAUGCUUUUGGCAUAUCUUUCAUACAUGCUAUCCGAAUUAUUUAAUUUAAGUGCUAUCCUCACUGUGUUCUUCUGCGGGAUUGUGAUGUCACACUACACCUGGCAUAAUGUCACCGAGAAGUCAAGAAUCACGACCAAGCACACCUUUGCCACAUUGUCAUUUGUUGCUGAAAUAUUCAUAUUUCUUUAUGUUGGCAUGGAUGCUCUUGACAUUGAGAAGUGGCGUUUCGUAAGUAGCAGCCCGCAGACGUCAAUUUCUGUCAGUGGAGUUCUAUUGGGAUUGGUUUUGGUUGGACGAGCAGCCUUCGUUUUUCCUCUAUCAUUCCUGUCUAACUUGACCAAGAAAUCUCCAUAUGAGAAAAUUGACUUUAAGAAGCAAAUUACAAUAUGGUGGGCUGGUCUUAUGCGAGGUGCUGUUUCGAUGGCGCUUGCUUAUAAACAGGUAAAGUAUUAG